AUGCCUCCAAAAGAUAAGCGCAGUAAUGAAGCGAAACUGUGGUACAUUAAAGUGAAUUCGGGAGCCGCGUAUUUAUACAGAGGAGGAAAAAGAGUGGAAAAUUUCUUAAACAUAAUCGGAGCCGAAUCAUACCAAGACUCAUCAGGUUCUGUUGCUGAAGAAUCUGGAGCAUCACCUCCCAAGAAGAAACUCAAGCUCGAAUUCACUCCAAUAAAUUCACGGGGCGCGUAUCGGUUUGGAUCUGUGAACCCACGGUAUUUUAAUAGGUUUGCAAGUGAUGACUCAUUUAAGAAAAUUGUGACCAAAACAGCCGACGAACUCGCUAACGGGAUCAAAAAGAGUUUGGAGGAACUUGAAGUGGAUCAUGACCCUUCCCAUGCAGAACAACGGCCGCAUACAAACGUUGAGCUUUCUCAGUCUUUAACUCCUCUCUUCUGUGACGUUACUUCACAAUCAAGCAAGCGAUCGGGACACAAUAGGGAGGAAGGAAGUUAUAGGAAAAGUAUACAGAAGAGGUGCAACGAAUGUCAACUAGAUAAUAAGGCACAUUUAAUUUCCAUCGACAAUUUAAUCCUCCCUCCAAAGAAAAGACAGAUAAGAGAAGUAGACACCGCCUUCCUUGAGCAGUUGAUUAAAAACAUGAGUGAGCAACCCUCUGGGAAUUAUGAAGCGCUGUUUGUCUUGGCAAAAGGAAUUACCAAGAAAGACCAGUUUGAGUUGGAAAAGAUAAAUGAAUAUAAAUAUGAAGUUCUCGGUGGAACUCAUGUUGUCUUGGCUACGAAACAUCUUCGUGAGAAAUUUCCUCACGACGCCAACUACAGCGGAAGGGUGGCCAGGAUAUAUGUUGGGCUCAAUGAUGAAGAAGCCUUGUGGUUAGGAGCCAUGCACAAUCAAACUGGGGCAUUUCGUCACGAGCUCACGUACAGGAAUGAGGUUGAGAUUUGUCGCACCCAAUUAUUCCUGCCAGCGGAAGACUAUUCAGGUGAUCCACCAACCCCUCCUGAAGCGUGGAGAGAGAAGUGUUCGAGUCUGCUUAAAAAAUCGAAAAGAAAUCUAAGUGAGAUCUUUACCAUGGCACAGCUGUCAGGAGAGGGCUGGACUCACUUUAGGAAUUUAAACGAUUUGCAUGAAAAUGCCCAAUUAAAAGGACAGAAAGCUAAAGCCUCGGACAUAGUUAAGAAAGGGAAACCUGUGCUCAGGCAGUGGCAGUUAAAACCCCUCUGCAAGUUGUCCGUAAAAGACCAAACGUUUCUUCUAAAAAAGGUGGCAACUUGCGAGUUAAGCUUGGAAGAAAUGAAAUUUGCUGCCUCCGAAGUAAAAUCUCUAAGACCUGUCCAGGAGGCCAUUGUUAAAUUCUUCAAGGUCAGCACGUGGGAAGAGGCUAUUGAAGAAUUUAAAAGCGCCGUAUCAUCUGAAAAGUUGUUGCAGUUUGCUGGAAAAGACUUUGAACAGACUCACGAAUUCCAAAAAUACUUGCAACGUUUAAAAAGAAUACGAACAGGAGAGGUCAUUGAGACGGCCGACCUCAUAGAGGGAAAAAUGGGAGCAUUUGGGCUCGUAGUAUUUAGCAACAGCCUGUUAGACGUACAACAAAGCGAUCUGGCAAAGUUGCCACAUUACGAGGGAGCGUUUUUAACCAUAGGUGAAGCAGGGGAGCAGUGCGAGAAUGCUGAUGAUGUAAUUAGUACUGUUUCCCGCAUUAAUUUCUGUAAGCUUACAUCCUUCAACAUUGUUUUAUUUACAAUGGUUGAAGGUGUAAAAAAUCUUAAAGAAAAAAUGCUAAAAGAGGGCGCUACUCUGGCACAGCAUGGCUACUUUUACGUCCAAAAUAAACCUCCAACUACAGCACAAGCCUUGGAAACCUUUGUAGUUGGACACUGGUCUGUCUCAAGGCAAAUAACCUCGAGACAUUUGUCCGCCAGUAAAGAAAAUUUGAUUUUCCUGAAUUCAUUCCCAGCACAAGGCUACACAUGGCUUGUAGAAAACCUCUCCAGAGAAGGGGACGUGGUUAUAGAUGCUGGAACCCCCAAUGGCUAUGCAAUGGUGGCUGCGUUGAGGAAAGGGCGAAGCGCAGUUAGGAUAGACAGUACCGCUUUGCCUUCCGAACAGGCAGCGAUAGAGACUAAAAUUUGUAGUCUUGUAUCUUCGUAG